GCAGCUCAGGCGUUGUUUUCCCUCCCCCUGCCUGGAUGAUGAGGUGAGGUACCGCACCGGGCUGAGGACGCAGCCAGCAGCCGCAGCAUCGUCGGCGGAGGCGGAGGCGGACAUGCGGACGGCGAUGACGGCGACCGGCGGCGGCCACCAGGCUCACCUGCAGUGAACCGGCGAGGAUGGCGGGGGGCCGGAGGGGACUUGUGGCCCCCCAGAACACUUUUUUGGAGAAUAUUGUCAGGCGGUCGAACGUUUGGACACUGUCACAUAGGCAGACAGACACCAACUUCGUCCUGGGGAACGCCCAGAUCGUGGACUGGCCCAUCGUCUACAGCAACGAUGGCUUCUGCAAGCUGUCGGGCUACCACAGGGCUGAGGUGAUGCAGAAGAGCAGCACCUGCAGCUUCAUGUAUGGCGAGCUCACAGACAAGGACACGACGGAAAAAGUGCGACUGACAUUUGAGAAUUACGAGAUGAACUCCUUUGAAAUACUGAUGUACAAGAAGAACAGGACGCCUGUUUGGUUCUUUGUGAAGAUCGCACCGAUUCGGAACGAGCAGGAGAAGGUGGUCUUGUUCCUUUGCACCUUCAGUGACAUCACGGCCUUCAAGCAGCCCAUUGAGGACGACUCUUCCAAAGGAUGGGGGAAGUUCGCCCGACUCACCCGAGCGCUGACCAGCAGCAGAGGCGUCUUGCAGCAGCUUCAGCCGACGGUACACAAAGGAGAGAACGUCCACAAGCACUCGCGACUAGCAGAGGUGUUGCAGCUGGGCUCCGACAUCCUCCCCCAGUACAAGCAGGAGACCCCCAAGACCCCGCCCCACAUCAUCCUGCACUACUGCCUCUUCAAGACCACGUGGGACUGGGUCAUCCUCAUCCUCACCUUCUACACGGCCAUCAUGGUGCCCUACAACGUGUCCUUCAAGACCAAGCAGAACAACGUGACGUGGCUGGUGGUGGACAGCAUCGUGGACGUCAUCUUCCUGGUGGACAUCGUCCUCAACUUCCACACCACCUUCGUGGGCCCCGCCGGCGAGGUCAUCUCCGACCCCAAGCUCAUUCGCAUGAACUACCUGAAGACCUGGUUCGUCAUCGACCUUCUCUCCUGCCUGCCGUACGACGUCAUCAACGCCUUUGAAAACGUGGACGAGAAUUGGAACCACCGAGCUGUCACUCAAGGCAUCAGCAGCCUCUUCAGUUCCCUCAAGGUGGUCCGCCUCCUCCGCCUGGGCCGGGUGGCCCGCAAGCUGGACCACUACAUCGAGUACGGGGCCGCGGUCCUGGUCCUGCUGGUGUGCGUUUUCGGGCUGGCGGCUCACUGGCUGGCCUGCAUUUGGUACAGCAUCGGCGACUACGAGGUCAUCGACGAGGACACCAACAUCGUGCGCAUGGACAGCUGGCUGUACAUCCUGGCCGAGACGGCGGGCACGCCGUACCGCUUCAACGCCAGCGGCUCGGGCAAGUGGGAGGGCGGCCCCAACAAGGACUCGGUCUACAUCACGUCUUUGUACUUCACCAUGACCAGCCUCACCAGCAUCGGCUUCGGGAACAUCGCCCCGACUACGGACGGAGAGAAGAUCUUUGCCGUGGCCAUGAUGAUGAUCGGAUCGCUCCUCUACGCCACCAUCUUCGGUAACGUGACCACCAUCUUCCAGCAGAUGUACGCCAACACCAACCGCUACCACGAGAUGCUCAACAGCGUGCGGGACUUCCUCAAGCUCUACCAGGUGCCCAAGGGCCUGAGCGAAAGGGUCAUGGACUACAUCGCGUCCACCUGGUCCAUGUCGCGGGGGAUCGACACCGAAAAGGUGCUGCAGAUUUGCCCCAAGGACAUGAGAGCGGACAUCUGCGUCCAUCUCAACAGGAAAGUGUUCAAAGAGCACCCGGCCUUCCGACUGGCCAGCGACGGCUGUCUUCGGGCUCUGGCCAUGGAGUUCCAGACCAUCCACUGCGCGCCCGGAGACUUGAUCUACCACGCCGGGGAAAGCGUGGACAGCCUCUGCUUCGUAGUGUCGGGCUCGCUGGAGGUCAUUCAGGAUGACGAGGUGGUGGCCAUCUUAGGCAAAGGGGACGUAUUCGGCGACGUCUUCUGGAAGGAGGUGACGCUCGCUCAGGCGUGCGCCAACGUCCGGGCCCUGACCUACUGCGACCUCCACGUCAUCAAGCGCGACGCCCUGCAGAAGGUGCUGGAGUUCUACACGGCCUUCUCCAAUCACUUCUCCCGCAAUCUGCUGCUCACGUACAACUUGAGGAAGAGGAUGGUCUUCAGAAAAAUCAGCGACGUGAAACGCGAGGAAGAAGAGCGCCAGAGACGGAAAAACGAAGCCCCUCUGAACUUGCCGCCAGACCAUCCCGUGCGAAAGCUCUUCCAGCGCUUCCGGCAGCAGAGGGAGGCUCGCACCGCCACGGACAAACCCUGCGAAGAGCACGACGUGGAAAAGGGUCCCGACUACGCGGACGUGCCCAAAACGGCCAUCAUCACCACCAGCAUCGUCACGGUAACGGAAAGCCCGGCCACGCCGUCGUCUUCGGCGACCCUGUUGUCGACGAGCCCCGCCGGCGCCCCCGCGGACAAGCUGAAGCUGCAGGUGCCGGCCCCGGUCUCCCUGGUGGGGGGUCGGGCGGCGGAGUCCGGCAAAGUGGUGAAAGGCUGGGGGCGCUUCAAGGAGUCCAUGGCCAAACCCGACAACUGGAAGACGGUGUCCAAAGCGGAGUCCAUGGAGACUUUGCCCGAGCGGACCAAGGGCCACGAAUCCCAGUUGUCGCUGAAGAAGACGGACUCGUGCGACAGCGGCAUCACCAAGAGCGACCUGCGCCUGGACAAGGUCAGCGACUUUCGCUUGACCCCGCAGGACAGGAGCCCCGUCCAGCCCCCCGAGACCAGACGCCCCUUCUACCCCAUCCCCGAGCAGACGCUGCAGGCCUCGCUCCAGGAGCUCAAGCUGGAGCUGAAGGACGACCUGAAGAACAUCAACGUCCGAAUGUCGGGCUUGGAGGCGCAGCUCACGGAAGCGCUCCAGCUGCUCAAAGCCCGGACGCCCACCGCCGGCUCGCCGCAGCAUCUCUUUGACAUUUCCAGACCCGCUUCGCCGGAAGUGGACAAGGAGGACAUCUUCUCUUGAGAGAAACCGGACGCGCCCGGCGCCAUUUUAACGUAAGCUCAGCUGGAAUCCGCUAAUGUCCUGAUUACGCGGACAGCUGGGGCCGCACCGGGGGACGCCUUUUAGACGAGGCCAAACCCCACGGCGAGUGACCAGGGAGACGUCACGCCGAGAAGCCAAGGCGGAAGCUCCGAGGUAACACUCCACGGCCGUUAAUUUGUAGAUACCAAACUCUCUCACUGGUUUCCAGAACGGCAUGACUCCAACGUUGGUGUUGGAUUCCUUGCAUGACGUAUAUCAGCUCAGCCUGCAGAUGCUGCGUGUUCCAUUUGAGCCAGGCGACUCCUUUGUGUUACGCCAGCGUGGCGGCGAAAGAGGCCGCUCCAGAGUUGCGCCGCCAGGGACGUACGCUCUUUUGUUACGGCGCCGUUGAGGGCUGCUUAUGAAUUAUACAACAGCAAACGGUACGAGAAGUUAUUGCUAUGAACGACGGACCAGCGUGACUUUUUUUUUUUUUUU